AUGAAUCCAGGAACAUUCAUCUACAACUUUAUAAACAACACUUCAGUUGUCGGGCGGCGCCGGACCUACCUGUGCUAUGAGGUGGAGCUCUUUGACAGUAAUUCCUGGAUCAUACUGGUGAAGCGCAAGGGCUUCCUGCACAGCCAGGGUGGUUGUGAGCCCAGGCUACGCCGCCAUGCAGAGCUGUGCUUCCUGGACCUGCUGAAUUCCUGGCAGCUGGACCCCACCCUGCGCUACAGGGUCACCUGGUUCAUCUCCUGGAGCCCCUGCUGCAACUGUGCCCAGGAAUUGGCUGUAUUUCUGGGUUCUCGUCAGCUCCUCCCUACAGAAACCGCCUGGGGUGGUUGUGAGCCCAGGCUACGCCGCCAUGCAGAGCUGUGCUUCCUGGACCUGCUGAAUUCCUGGCAGCUGGACCCCACCCUGCACUAUAGGGUCACCUGGUUCAUCUCCUGGAGCCCCUGCUGCAACUGUGCCCAGGAAUUGGCUGCAUUUCUGGGUUGUAACAGCCACGUGCAGCUGCGCAUCUUCGCUGCCCGCAUCUAUGAUCGGCUCCCAGGAUACGAGCAGGGGCUGCGCACACUGCAGGGGGCUGGGGCGCAGAUCGGCAUCAUGAACUUCGAGGGGUUUAGGCACUGCUGGGACACCUUUGUGGACCACCAGGGGAGGCCCUUUCAGCCCUGGCAUGGGCUGGAUGAACACAGUCAAGCCCUGUGGAGGAGGCUGCGGGACAUUCUCCAG